AAUGGAGACGGGGAAAUAAAAGAAGAGGAAAGGGAUAAACAGCUCCGACGGCUACCCAGGAGCAGCGCCGAAAAAUAAAACCAGCAGGUAGACGUUGUCGCAUUCCAUGACAGUGACUGGGCGGACCUAAAACUGUAUCCCACCGGCCCGUAGAGCUAAUUUAACAUAUGAACAAGAAGAAAUACUGGCAAAUGUCAAUAACAGGAGUCAGGCGAGCGGCUUGUGAGGGAUCAGAGCUCUGACUGAGACUGGCUGGCGGAGAACCGUUAAGACGCACAAGCGGAUUAGGACUCGCGAGCAGGUGCCUUUGUUGGCUCGCGCCGUUGCUAGUGGAGACCCGCAGUAGCCCGACGCGCUUCUUUAAAAUUAAUGCCUUCGAAUGAGCGUCUCUUCAGCACACGGGGAAUAAAACGUGCUUGACAGUUCUAGGGUUUUUUUAACCAAUGCACUUUCCGGCACCAUGUUCUACGGUUCCUCAUCUGCCAGCAUGUCUCUGCCAUCCAAGAACCGCCUGAAGCGACAGAGUCGCACUUUUACGCAGGUUCUUUACCGGACACUGAGUUAUCGGGAUCGUCGCUCUGUGACCGACCUACCUGAGCAGGUACGGGAUGAUCCAGCUGAGCUUUCCACCCAAUCAUCUGCACCAGGUGUGCUGAAGAUAUUUGGUGAUGAAAUCAGUGCUGGGGCUAACUACAAAAGCGUCCUUGCCACACCUCGUUCCAGCGCCCAAGAGUUGAUCAAAGAGGCGCUUGAUCGCUAUUCUCUAAACAAGGCCUCGGUCUGUAGCUAUGUGUUGUGUGAUGUGAUUGGACGGUUUGAGGGCCCAGAACGACGGUGGCGGACUGAGUGCCUUCGGGCGCUAGGGAACAACGAAAAGCCCCUUCUCUUGCAGGACCUCUGGAAGCCAAAGGAGGGUUACUCUCGCCGCUUUGAGCUCAGGAGAAGAGCCGAGGUUGAGGAACUGGCAGCAAAAGAGAAGGAUACAGUCACUGCAGGGACCCACACAAACUCCCCUGUGCUAUCUUCAACCUUGAGUAGAAGCGGGCAUGGUAGAUGCCAUCGGAGCUCCCCCCGGGGCUGGCGUUUGAUACAGCCCUGUACAACUAUUGUAAAAGAUAUCAAUGCUCAAGCAAGGAAGCUGCAAAGAAACCGUGCGAAAGGAACAAUGACACUCCAGCACGGCUCCUCAUUUUGCCGCAGCCUCAGUGAAACCAGCCUUAACUUGGUGGGACUGCCUGGUGAGGAACCUAAACGGUACUACUCCACCCUCCCAGGGCCAAUCAGAACACGCUCUGCACGAGACGCUGAGAUCCGUAAAGAACGAGAUGGUGGCGGAGUUAAACACUCUCUCUACCAAUCACCACACUUGCUGCUCCUUCAAGGGUACAACCAACAGGAUUGCCUGGUUUACCUGUUGAAUCGAGAGCAACACACAGUUGGUCAGGAAACAGCAUCAGCACGGCCAAAUAUCUGCCUGUCGUCUCCGGAUGUGCUUCCACUUCACUGCCGAAUACGUCGUGCUGUGCAACGGCGUUCUUCCUCAGACCAGCGGUUACUUCUAGAACCUGUCGCCCAUGGCAAUGUUCUGGUUAACUUCAUGCGUAUUGAGCGGCCCACUCCACUGCGUCAUGGGGAUUUGCUGUCCUUUGGUGCUCAUUACAUCUUCCUGUACAAAGACCCACUGAGUGCGAAACCUCUUCCUGCCCAAAGUCUCACUCGACUUCGGGCGCUGGCACGACUUUGCGAUAGCGAGUCGGGGGGUGUGCCUGAGAAAGGAGAGGCAUGUCGUAUGUGUGGGGCCGUAUUACAUGAACCAGUGGCGUCUCGGCGCAGCUCUAAGGCUCCAGCGCGAGGUGCACAGAAGAGAAAGCUCGCGUUGGAAUUUGAGCGGGCUCACGAGGAUGCGCUGGUGAACCGGGUGCUGACACUUAUUGAGCCGAGCGGGGAUGACCACAAGCUGACACCAGCAUAUUUGCUUUGUCUAUGCAUCAAGCACUCAGCUAAUACAUUUCCACCUGGCAGCUUUGGUAAACUAUUGCUGAAAAUGUCCAAGAGGAUUCAAACCAUCGCAUGGGAGAAGACAAAGGAGUUGGCACAGAAGCAAGCUCAGCAUCAAGAUCCUGCCUCCCUGUCUCUGCUCAGCAUCUCAGACCUAGUACCUGAUCUCCAGUUCAUUUUCUUCUGGAUGUCCAAUGCCAUAGAAAUACUGUAUUUUAUCCAGCAGAAGUCCCCUGCAUACAUGCAGACUAUUGAGCUCAUGGACGAUAAAGCAGGAUCUAAAGAAUCUCUCCUCUCAGCAACAAUAUCAGCAAAUGAAGAGGCUAUGACCAUACUGGAGGAAGUGAUCAUGUACACCUUUCAGCAGUGUGUCUACUACAUCACUAAGACUUUGUACGUUGUGUUGCCUGGGCUGUUGGACUGUAACCCGUUUGGGACAGAGUCUUCAUCAGAGCAGUGCCGGCGGGCUGUUGGAGUGUGUGUGUGUGCUGUGUGUGUGAUGCCAGAGGCAGUUCGCAGGGUGGUGAGUGUGUUUCAGACUACAUCAGACCUGCUGCAGCAGUACCAGGUUCAUGCAGAGAUUCAGAGUCAAAUGUUUGCCUACCUCUUCUUCUUCACCAAUGUCUCACUCUUCAAUCAACUCAUCGAUAAAGGCCCUGCACGUGGCUGGUUUCAGCGUUCUCGGGUCCUGCAGAUCCAGGCUAGUGUGAAGAUGCUACUGGACUGGGCUAAAGGGGUGGGACAUAGUCAUCUUGCACAGAAAUUCUUUGCCAAGUUCUGUAGUGCUGUGAGCAUCCUGGCCACAACACCACAACAGCUCUCACAGAUGAGUUGGAAAGCUUUGUGUGCUGAGCACCCGUCCCUGAAGCCUGUCCAGCUACACAGAAUCCUCACACAGUACCAGCUCAUGGCUGAGCUCGGUCCUCUACCAAUCUGGCAACCCAGCAGUGAAGAUGAGGCCUAUAUCUACAGAACAGUUGAUCUACUGGAGAGUUUUGAGAACCACCCUCCUAUUGUGCUGCCGAGUGCUGGAUUUAAGGUGGACCUGGAGAGUGAUUGUGUGGAGGACAGUAUAUACCGCCAGCUACUUUACGUUCGUCACUUCGUUUGGGGUCUUCGCACCAAGACCCAUCCUUCUAAUGGCUGUGCAGACCGGCAGGAAGCCCAGCGUGAGACUCCUCAGCCUCACUCCAAUUCACAUGCAGCACCUCCGAUGCGUGGAGAGGGAGAGGGGGAGGUGCGGGGCUCCUCCGCGGGUCUCGGAGGAAGAGGAGAGGGAGCGGGAGCCGAGGAACGACCCCGAGACAAGCCACCGCACAGCAUUCACCACAGAAACGGGACCAGCAUCCGUUACGCCAACCAAACCCAAGCGACAGACUCUUCCUGUAUACUGACUCCACCUAAUACGCCCCUCUAUCCGGAACACACGUAUAUACACUCCAACACACAGUCCAAUUCAGUCCACUACCCUGAGCAUGCUUCACAAGAGCACACACAUACACACUCUCACACAAAGUCCAAUGGUUGCAUGCGUUCUACUCCAGAGCACAAGAAAAUCAAUGGCUUCAUCAGCAAUGGCAUUGAAGGCCCUUUGAGUGGUUGUGGUUUUCCUUUCCCUGUCCCUGUCUCUCAUCUGGACCCAAACUCUGAUGAUAUCUGUUCCGUCUUUGUAGUGGACCUGGAUAAAGGACUGUACGGCCUGGGAAUGGGACUUAUCGAUGGACUUCACACCCCUCUGAACUCUCCUGGAAUCUACAUCAGGACACUGAUUCCAGAUGGACCGGCUGCUGCAGAUGGGCGACUUUGCAUUGGUGACAGAAUCCUGGCAGUGAAUGGGACCAGUCUCAUUGGAGCAGACUAUCAGAGUGCUGUGGAUUUGAUUCGUCUGGGGGGAGGACGGCUCCGGUUUCUUGUCGCCAAAUCAGAUCUUGAAGUAUCAGAGAAGAUCAGUGCCUCUUCCUGCUGAGAGAGAGGCUGCAAGUGUGACCCUCUACCUAAACGAAAUAUGAGGAGGAC